AUGGAUGAUUAUACCAGCCGACUACAGCACUCGACUUUUACGCGAAACGAAACCACCAUCCCAUAUCUGUGCUUGAAUGGCAUUUAUGCAACACGACAAGCAACAGCACCGCCACCCUUUUCUACUACCACUACAACUUUAGACACUUGUGCGGCUGGUCCGCAUCCAUCACACGCACAACAUCAGCCUCCCUUUCCAUCAUCCUCGCUACCAUUGAUUGGAGCCAACAUGAUCCCUUCACCACCUGUGAGUUGCCCAUCACCUGCAAACUUCCGAUACGAUAUUGUCCUUGAAGCACCUCCGGCUGCUGCUGCUCAACGAGUUGAGGAGUCACCUGUCACCUAUCUCAACAAAAACCAAUACUAUUGCAUCAAUUUGACUGAUACCGAUGGCUAUGAUGGUGUCGUUACAAGCACGCUCACUAUUACAUUCCAUGAAGAAUCGCAUCGACGCCUUACUGCUAAUUACUGGCGUUUUUGGCUAGGCCAACAACAAGAUCCACAAAGCGCACGAGCUCUCGACCUUAAUGUUGAGCGUUCCUCUGGUAUUUACAAUGUGCAAUGUCCUGAGUUUGAUCGUGUCGUUUUUGAAUGGAACGGCAAACGAGGAGCUACCAUCCAUGUGCGAUUCAAUUGCUUGUCAACCGAUUUCUCAAGGAUAAAGGGAGUCAAAGGGAUUCCUUUACGCUUGCAUAUGGAGACGCAAAUACCUUCAUCCACUAGUGCAGGUGCCGUUACGACACCGUCAAAUACGUAUUCCGAAGCAACUUAUUGCAAGAUCAAAUUAUUUCGGGAUAAGGGUGCAGAACGUAAGAAUAAGGAUGACGCUCGUCAUCUGGGACGACAAUUAGAGAAGCUUCGAGGUGACUUGGGCAAGCAAGGUGGUAGUACUAGUAUCGAUACCCAUCCAUUAUGGCUCGCAUACUACCGAUCACAACCCUAUACCUUGUUUUCAGAGAUUCCUGAAAGUGUAUCACCGCCACAUCCUACGCUAUCAUCACCUUCUGAUUCAUUGACAACAGCAACAACAACGCUAGCACCAUCACCAGGUUCGACUCCUGAGGCCUCUUCACCUCCAUCAUCAUCAGCCGUGGCAUCUCCACAACGUGCUCCUGCAGCAGCAGCUGUAGCAGGUAUUAAGCGUGUACGAUCUCGUAUGGAUGAUGACUAUGUGCACACUACAACAACGUCCAAUGAACAUAUCCUAUGUGAUCCUGCUGACAUUGAUCCCAAUUAUGUGCCAGUGAGAAAACGGCGUACGGCAAAGCUGGCCUUUUUUGCAAAGUUCCCAUUUAAUGAAUUGUAUCGCGCUAUUUAUCUUGAUGAGUUGACGGUAGACGACUUGAUACAACAACUUGGCAACAAGAUGAACAUUUCGUUGCCUAUUCAACAUGUGGUACGUAGGGUUAUCAAAAAGGAUACCGGUAGCCCCAUUGUUGUACGUGUGGAUGAUACAAUGGUGCAAGACAUCCCGGAAGAACAAGACAUGGAGAUCGAGACCCAGGUCUUAGAGGAUGGUGCAUUUACAUUGAUACUGCAUUAUUAA